UUUCCCUCAUUCCCAUCUCACCACCUUUGCAAUAACAAACUCCCAACAAUCCUCUUUCUUACACAUACCCAUAAACACCACUUGGCAAAUUAGAAAAAGAUAGACAUCUAAUUAAAUUCCCAAAAUGGCCUUCAAGAAGUCAUCAAACAAAUUGUCACAAGCAGCACUUUUGAAGCAUAUUAUGAAGAGAUGUUCAAGCUCAGGAAAGAUCAAACAACACAAUGAGGAUGUACCCAAGGGACAUUUUGUCGUCUACGUUGGCGAUAAUCGUAGCCGAUAUGUGAUACCCAUUUCGUUCUUGUCACGGCCCGAAUUCCAAAGCCUGCUUAGGCAAGCUGAAGAAGAGUUCGGGUUUGAUCAUGAAAUGGGCCUAACCAUUCCUUGUGAAGAACAAGUCUUUGAGUCACUCACUUCAUCGCUUCGGUUCUGAAAUUCAUUAAACAUUAUGAUCAUCGACUAUUACUACGUACUAUACUUUUUUAUUUCUUUAUUAUUUAGUAUAUAUAGAUUAAUCUAACCAUGCAUUAAGAGACUGUUUGAGGUUAAACCCAUAACAUGGAAUGGGUUUUUUUCCGAAUGAUCAAUUGUAAAGAUUAAAGAGUUCUUUCUUAAUGUAUUUCGUUUUCUUUC